AUCACCAAUUGCCAAUUACGGCAUCCACCCAUCGACAGACCACCGGCACCGAUUUCACCGCCCGCAACGCCGCAUCCAAGACUACCGCUUUCGCCGUGCUGCCGUCAACCAGUGGCCUGCAGUUCCUCAAGGCCAACCACCCGAAUGCAAAGGCUUUAGUCCAGCUAAAUGCGGGCUUUCCAGGGAUGCGACAAACUAUCCUACCUGGCCAUUCGCGACUAGUCUUCUCGAAAUUGGCCUUACUGAUGUCUACUGCACGGAAGCCCAAGAGUGGGUGGAGGUAGUCGUUGAUUACGUAGUUCGUUUGUAGGUUCGGGAGUACCGAUGAAUACCUUUCGUAGCACAGUCCAGCCGCAGUUCUCGACGACGCGCGACGUACCGCACCAUACCUCCCGUCCUAGUGUUAUCGGACACCACGAUAGGCUCUGCCAUAUCGUCCUAUGCUUUUUCAAGCAGCAUCCAGUGUGCUCACUGGAAGUGGAGAUUGCCGAGGCCACGCUACGGCUGAAGACCGGAACACUAAGGACCGGAAGCGAUCCUAGCACGUCAUGUACCGCAUCGAAUUGAUUAGAGUACUACCAAUCUCUAAGACGUUUUGUAUUGUAGUUAUAGAGCAUAUAAGACGAGCUCCUCCUUGGCCCUCCUGGUACCAUAUAUUAGCUGU